GAAUGCAAAUAACCUCAUAUAGAGAGGAUCAGAGAUAGCCACUGUCCACUUGGCUGCCUAUGCUGUCCUGACGUGUCACAGAAGAGUGUUCAGUCAUGUUUCCCUGUCAGUCUUACAGGAUGGAAGUCAUUGAUUUGUCCCAUGCUUUAUUUUCUAGUGGCCCAGUCUGUUUUCACGAAGAACAGAAAAAAGCAGAAAGCAUGGUGGCUGACUGUUUUCCAAGUUAUAAGGGCUCGCUGACCUUUGAGGAUGUGGCUGUGGACUUCACUCCGGAGGAGUGGGCUUUACUGAACCCAAUUGAGAGAAACUUAUACAGAAAGGUGAUGUUGGAGAACUACCAGAACCUGGUCUCAGUAGGAUGUCAGCUCAUCAAACCCAGCCUGAUCUCUUGUUUGGAGGCAGAAGAAGAGUUAAGGACAGUGGAAAGAGGUGUUCUUCAAGAAUGGGCACUGCGACUUCACACCAAAGAGACAGCACUUCAACGGGAUAUUUUUUGGUUAAAAACAUCAAAAGAGAUACAACCGGCAAGGAACAGGCACAUAGAAAAGUUGUAUGGCCUUCAGCCUUGUGGAGAAAUCUUCAAAGAACAUUCAUGCCUUCUGACACAUGUGGGAACACAAAAUGGAGGGAACACUUGGGAUUGUGGUCAGUAUAAAAAAGACUUUCUUGCUCUUCACAAGGAAACAUCUUGUGCAGACCAACUUCCUGUGUUCAGUCAGUAUGGAAGAGACUUCAGUCUGACUCAGAAUGUGGCUUACCAGACAGCAUGCACACAAGUGAAAUCUCUUGAAUGCAGUGACUUUAGGCAAGCCUUUGUCAGUCAGCCGCCACAGCUUCAGGCACAUGGGAGAACUCAGAGUGAAGACAAACUCUUUGAAUGGACACAGUGUGGUGAGGCUUUUAAUCCCUCUAUGAGUCGUGCUGCACAUGUUCAAAUGUACACUGGGAAAAAACCCUACGAAUGCAAGGAAUGUGGGAAAAGUUUUAAAUAUUCUGCCAAUCUUAAUAUUCAUAUGCGAACCCAUACAGGAGAGAAACCUUAUCAGUGUAAGGAGUGCGGAAAAGCCUUUUCUAGGUGUUAUCCACUAACUCAGCACUUAAAAACGCACACUGAAGAGAAGCCUUUUGAAUGUAAGGUUUGUGGAAAAUGCUUUAGAAAUUCUUCAUGCCUUAAUGAUCACUUUCGAGUUCACACUGGAUUGAAACCCUACAAAUGUAAGGACUGUGGCAAAGCAUUCACAGGGCGCUCUGGCCUUAGUAAACAUUUACCAACUCACACUGGAGAGAAGCCAUAUGAAUGUAAGGAGUGUGGGAAGGCCUUCACUUCCUCCUCUGGCCUUAUUAAACACAUGAAAAGUCACACGGGAGAGAGACCCUUUGAAUGUGACCAUUGUGGGAAGGCUUUUGCUUCUUCUUCAUCCCUUAUUACACAUUCAAGAACCCACACUGGAGAGAAGCCUUUUGAGUGUAAGGUAUGUGGAAAAGCGUUUACAUGUUCUUCAUACCUUCGCAUCCACAUGCGAACUCACACUGGAGAGAAACCUUAUGAGUGUAAGGAAUGUGGCAGAGCCUUCACUGAGCGCACAAGCCUUACCAAACACCUACGAACACACACUGGAGAGAACCCCUUUGAAUGUAAUGUAUGUGGGAAAGCAUUCGCCUGUUCCUCCUACCUUCACAAUCACAUACGGACUCAUACUGGUGAGAAACCUUACAUUUGUAAGGAAUGUGGGAAAGCCUUCACUGUUUCCUCACACUUAAGUAAACACAUAAGAAUUCACACAGGUGAAAAACCCCAUAAGUGUGAGGAGUGUGGGAAGGCCUUCACUGUGCGCUCAGGCCUCACUAAACAUGUGCGGACUCACACUGGGGAGAAGCCCUAUGAUUGUAAAGAAUGUGGGAAAGCCUUCACCACAUCUUCAGGCCUCCUUGAACAUAUAAGAAGUCACACGGGAGAGAAACCGUAUGAGUGUGAUCAAUGUGGGAAAGCCUUCGCUUCCUCCUCAUACCUUAUUGCACAUUUAAGAAUUCAUACUGGAGAGAAGCCCUUUGAGUGUAACAUGUGUGGCAAAGCAUUUACAUGUUCCUCCUACCUUCACAUUCACAUGCGAACUCACACUGGGGAGAAACCCUAUGAGUGUAAGGAAUGUGGCAAAGCCUUUACUGUUUAUUCACACCUAAGUAAACAUUUAAAAACUCACAGUACAGAGAAAUCCCAUAAAUAUAAGGAUUGUGGGAUAGCCUUCAGUACUUCUUCUCAUCUUCCUGAACAUGUAAAAACACUAGAGAAAAGCCCUUUGGAUGCAAGGAAUGAGGAAACUGCUUUCGGAAAUCCUCUUGCCUUAGUAUUACAUUCAGAUUCACAGUGGCAAGAAACUGUAUCGAUGUAAGCCAUGCAUAGUGUUCAUUUGUCCCAGUUACUUCAGACCUGAAAGAAUUCACAAUAUAAAGAACAAGUCAUCAGAGUCAGCUUACAAUCCACCUUGCAAGGACUCAUCUUGAAGCUGUACAAUAUCAGAAACAUGGAAAGCCUUCUCUGUCUUGAGAUCUCACUUAAAUAUGUGAGAUUUUUCCAAUGGAGAGAAGCUAUUGAUGCAACAUGUGAAGCACUUUGGUGGUUGCCUGUGAGAGCACAAUGGACAAAGACUUCAUGAAAGUAAGAAAUGUUAAAAGGUCAUUGUUUAUGUUAUUCCUCAACCUUUAAUAAAGGGAUUCUUACUUGAGAAACUAUUCAUGUAUGGAAUAUGAGGAUUGCUUCUCUGUUCUGAAAUCUUAUAUGCUGACAAACACGUGACUUUCUUGGUGGUUUUAUAGAUUUAUUUUGAGCAUUUGCAGUUUCAAUAUUUGAAAUGUUUUGAAUAUUUGUGAAUUUUUAUGGCUUUUCAGUUUUAAAUACUUAAUUUCUAUUAUAGUCCUACUUUUUCUUCCACCUUUACUAAGAUAUGACCGAGAACUAAAACAUACAUAAAUGAAAUGAUUUCCACAGUCAGGCUAAUUAAAAUACCUCUUACAUGAUAUAGUGACCUUUUUUUUGGUGUUGUAAAACACUUCCUACUCAAGGCUAAGUCAGGUGUUCAGUACCUUAUUACUAACUAUAUUCACAUGCUGUAUAUAAUGUCUCAAGAACUUCAUCUUUUAACUGAAAGUUCAUGCCUUCUGACAGAUAUCUCCUUAGUUGCCCCAACCCCUAGCGUCUAAUAACGAGGUGUAUUUUUUUCCUUCUGAGUUUGACUUUUAGAUUCCAUAUUUAAGUACGAUCAUGCAGUGCUUAUGUUUUUAUGUUUGGCUUAUUUCACAUAGCAUAAUGUCUUCCUUUAUUCAUCCUUGUUGUCCUGGGUUGGAGAUUUAGCUCAGUGGCGCCACACCUGCCUUGCAAGCACAAGGUCCUGAGAUCGAUCCUCGGUACUACAAAAAAAAAAAUCAUCAUCCUUGUUGUCCUAAUGGUAGAAUUUCCUUUUUUUAAGUGUAAAUAUUCCAUUACAUAUACUUAUCAUAUUUUCUUUACCCAGUCACACAUAAAGGAAUGCUUAGGUUGUUUCCAUACCUUGGCUAUUAGUACUGCUUCAUUGAACAUGAGUGCAUGUAUUUCUUUAGGGAGUCAUUUUAUUUCUGUGGAUGAAUGCUUAGAUAUGUGGGAUCAUUUGGUUGUUCUUUUUUUUGGUACCAGGGAUCGAACUUGGGUCCUUGCGCUUGCACAGGAGUGCUUGUUCUUAUUUUUAUUUAUUUAUUUAUCUAUCUAUCUAUCUAUUUAUUUAUUUAUUUUUGUGCCAGGGAUCGAACUUGGGACCUUGUGUCUGCGAGGCAGGAAGCAGAGCCACUGAGCUAAAUCCCUGGCCCUUGGCCCCUUUAUUUUUAAUUUUAUGAGGAACUUCCAUACUGUUUUUCAGAUGUCUCCACUAGUUUUGAUUCCAUUUAGCUGUAUACAAAAUGUUAUGGUUUCCUUCACAUCCUUACACUUAUUAUCUCAUUUUUUAGAAUAAGCGCCAUCCUAACAUGUAUGAAGUAAUAUAACAUUUGUGGUUUUGAUUUUCAUUUCCCUGAUGACCAGUGAUUUUAAGAAUCAUCAUCUACUUGUUGAUCACUUACAUACCUUUUUUUUGGGUAGGGGGGAUCGAACUGAGGACCUUGCACUUUCGAGGCAGGCGUGGUGCCACUGAGCUAAAUCCCCAGCCCUAUUUACAUAUCUUUUUUAGAAAAUUAUGAAGGUCCUUUGCCUAUUUUAAAUUAGUUUUUCACUGUUAUAUGGUUCUUUUUUUUUUGAGGUACCGGGGAUUGAACUCAAGACCUUGCACUUGCAAGGCAGGUGGCAGCACCACUGAGCUAAAUCCCUGGCCCUUAUGAUUCUUUAUAUAUAGGAUGUUAAUCCAUCAUUGGACAUUUGGAUUACAAAUAUUUUCUCUCAGGUACCAUGGAUAGUUUUUCAAUUUGUUGUUUCCUUUGCUGUGAAGAAAGUUUUUAGUUUGGUAUAGUUUUACUUUUUAAAAAAUUGUUGUUUGUUUUUUUGCCUUUGUUGACUCUGUUGUUGGUGUUUCUAAGAUCAGUGUCAUGAUGCUAUUCUCCUGUUUCAUCCCAGGAGUUUUAUGGUUUCACAGCCUCAGGUUUAGUCUAAUCCAUUUUGAAUGGAUUUUUGUGUAUGUUAUGCAAUAAUGGUCCAAUUGCAUCCUUUUGCAUAUUGACAUCUAGUUUUCAAUCAUUACCAUAUAUGAACUGAGUUGUAUUCUUGUGGUGUUUGUCAAAAUUAGUUUUCUGUGCAUUUAUUGAUUUUUGUUCCUUUCCAUUGGUCUGUGAAUCUGAUUUUAUGCCAGUACCCAUACUGUUUUGAUUACUGUAGCUUUGUGAUAUAAUUUGAAAUCCAGAUGUGUGAUACUUCUACUUUUAUUCUUUUUUUUUGGUACUGGGUAUAGAACUUGUGCCCUUGGACUUGUGGGGCAGGAGGUGGCACCACUGAGCUAAAUCCCUGGCCCUCUACUUUUAUUCUUGCUUAAGAUUUUUUGGGCUUUUCGGAGUCUCUUAUGUUUCUGUAUGAAUUUUAGGAUUUUUUAAAUAAUUGUGUGACAAAUGCCAUUGGAAUCUUGAAAAGGAUGUCAUUAAAUUUGGCAUUUUGGGUACCUUGGACAUUUUCAAAUAUUAUUUCAAUCCAUGAAUAUGGGAUAAGUUUCCUUUUUUUUGGUACUGGGGAUUGAACUCGGGACUUUGCGCUUGUGAGGGGCAGGCAGUGGAAACACUGAGCUAAAUCCCUGGCCCCAACUUUCCAUUUACUUAUAACUUAUUUAAUUUUCUUAUUUAAUUUUCUAAAUCAAUGUUUUGUUUCAGUUUGUCAGUCUUUCUUCUCCUUAAUUAAAUGUAUUUCUAAGGAUUUUAUUGGUUUGUUGUUAUUGUCCACUUCUUUUUUCUUUUUUUUUCUCGGUACCAGGGAUCAGACUCAGGACCUUGCUCUUGCCAGGCAGGUACAACACCACUGAGCUAAAUCCCUGGCCCUUGUUUCUAUUGUCAAUGAAAUUAUUUUCUUAAUUUCUUUUUUUGGUACUGGGGAUUGAAUUUGGGACCUUGUUUUUUGUGAGGCAGGCACCGGAACCACUGAGCUAAAUCCCCAGCCCUCUUAAUUUCUUUUUCAAUGAACAACUGUUCAUUAUUGGUGUAUGGUAACACUUUUUAUUAGUGUAUAUUUAUGAUACAUAAUAGUUAACCCAUUUAUACUGAAGGUUGCAAUCUUUUGAAUUUUUCCAUGAAAUUAAUGUUAUGAAAAAUUCAAGGAAUAAGAAUAAAGAGUAAGAAUAAAAAUUCAAGGAAUAAGAAUUUGAAGAGAAAAAAUUGUAUUAUGUUCCAUUGUUUCAUGGAUGUUCCAAAAAUGGAACACUAGGCAUUGAAUCAUUAACAUUCAUUGGGGAAAUUGGUACAUAAGCAUACACUAUUAAUUUUUGUGUGCUGACUUUGUAUUCUGCUGCUUUCCUGAAUUCAUUUAUUAUGAUCAUUCUUUCAUGGGUCAUUAGGAUUUUCUAUAUUCAAGAUCAUGUCAUCUGCAAACAAUUUUACUUCUUUUCUAUUUUUAUGUAUUUUCUUUUUCUUGCUUAGUUACUAUGACUAGAACUUGCAGUAUUAUGAUUAACAGAAGGUACCUGGGCACCCUUGUUCCUGUUCUUGAAGGAAAAGCUUUGAGCUUUUCACUGUUUGUGUAUGAUGAUAACCAUUGGCUAGUCAUAUAUUGUCACUAUUAUGUUAAGGCAUGAUCAUUCUAUACCUAAUUUGUUGAAAGCUGAUAUGAAAAUAUGUUGAAUUUUGUUAAAAUUUUUUUCUGCAUUUUUUGUCAAUGAUUUUCCUUUCAUUUUGUUGUGUAAUGUGUAACAUUUAUUGAUUUUGCAUAUGUUGAAUCACCCUUGCAUUACAGCUAUAAAUUUCAGUUGAUAGUGAUGCGUGAUCCUUUUAAUAAUUGAUUCAAAUCUGAAUGGGCUAAAUUUGCCCAUCAAAAGACAUAGUGGCUGAUUGCAUUAGAAACAAGACACAUCUGUGUGUUGCCUACAAGGGACUCAGUUCAUCUUUAAGGACUCAAGUAGAUGGGAAGAGUAGGGAUGGGGAAAGAUAAGCUUUGCAAAUAGAAACCAAAAGAAAAUGGAGGUGGCUGUACUUGCAUCAGACAAAACAGACUUUAAGUCAAAAAUUAUAAUGAGAGAAAACGAGGUGAGGGUGAGGAAGUGGUCAUCUCAUCAAGAGGAUAGAACACCUACCUGGGUGCAGUGGGAUGUGCCUAUAAUUCCAGCUACUUGGAGGCUGAGGUGGGAGUAUCACAAGGUAGAACCCAGCUGUGGCAACAGUAUGAGAUCCUGUCUUUAAAAAAAAGUGUGUGGCCAGGGAUUUAGCUCAGUGGUUUCAACACCUGCUAUGCAAGCACAAGGACCGGAGUUCAAUCCCCAGUACCAAAAAAAAAAAGUGGUGUGUGUGUGUGUACAUAUAUGCAUUUUAUAUAUAUAUGUGUGUGUGUGUAACACACAUAUAUGUGGGGGAAGAUCACCAAAAAAAAUGUAUACACACUCCAGCAGUUCACCUUACUAAUAAAUGUCUAGAAGCUAAUGGUCACCACUUUGAGCACCUCGUAGAGGCCAAAGGGAACUUGUAUUAAUCUUAUGAUGUCUCAAUAAAUUUAGUAUUAAAAUAUUUA